CCUCCUCUAUGAAUUGCCAAUUCCUUACUCCUUAAUCAAGAAAUUUAGAGAGAGAGAGAGAGAGAGGAAUGGAGCUUAGUCAACAUGGUUUCUUGGAGGAAUUACUGGCUCCAACAAGAAGAGAUAGUUGGAGCACUUUCUCAAGCAGUAUGUUGAAUGACCAGUUCUUUGCUAGUGGCAAUUGGAACUUUGAUUCAUUUGAAGAUAACAACAACCCAGUUUUGGCAAUCCCAAAUCCUCCCCCAACAACAUUUCUAACCAACUCUGAUUGCCCUUUCACUGACCAAUCCUCCUCCUUCCCUUUUGUUGACCAUGACCAUGGAGUAGUACUUUCAGUGCCUGCAGAUGAUAAUUUUGACUCAUCUUACUCCAAAAACAACAAACCACCACCAUUUCCAUCACAGGAUCAAGAUUACCCUUCAAUGGCGGAGGAUCAUGAAGUCCAGUUUGGCUUUCUUGGUGGCGAGAACGGAUUGGAGUUGGAUGAGAUUAGCAAUAAUAAGCUGGCCGCGAGCUGUUGCAAAGUCGAAAUGGAUCAACACAUCAUGACAUGUGCUACAGAGCUGAUUCCCGGCUUUAACAUGGGGAGUGUUGCUGCUAAUUGCGGAGAGAAAAAGAUCAGCAGGCCUAAGAAGCUUGAAGGCCAGCCUUCGAAGAAUCUCAUGGCCGAGCGAAGAAGGAGGAGGCGCUUGAAUGACAGACUUUCCAUGCUUAGAUCAAUAGUUCCCAAGAUUAGCAAGAUGGACAGAACAUCAAUACUUGGAGACACCAUAGACUACAUGAAGGAGCUUUUGGAAAGAAUCAGCAAGCUGCAAGAAGAAGAGGGAAUGGAAGAGUUUACAAAUGGUCAGAUCAAUUUGUUAGGCAUAUCCAAGGAGCUUAAACCAAAUGUAGUGUUGGUGAGAAACUCCCCAAAGUUUGAUGUGGAGAGGAGAGAAGUGGAUACAAGGAUUGAUAUCUGCUGUGCAGCCAAGCCAGGAUUGUUGCUAUCAACUGUGAACACUCUAGAAGCACUAGGUCUUGAGAUUCAACAGUGUGUUAUAAGCUGCUUUAAUGAUUUUUCAAUGCAAGCUUCAUGUUCAGAGGGAGCUCAGCAGAGAACAUUGAUUAGUUCUGAAGAUAUAAAGCAAGCAAUAUUCAGAAAUGCAGGGUAUGGAGGAAGAUGUUUGUAGGCAAGAGGCAGAAGAAAGGAGAAUAUUGGAAAAAUAAGAGAGUUAAUUUGAUUUGCAAAGGGAUAUAUGGAUCUUUUAACAAUCUUCAAGAAACUUUCCUAGUCAGAAUUUGUGACAACUUUCUCUUUUUAAUAAUUGCUGUUGCAUCUAUAAGAUCCUUUUAUUUUUCCCCCCUUCGCUUUAUCAUGUAAUUAUCCGCUC